AUCAGAUCUGCAGGCUCCAUCCAGCAAAAGGAAAAAAAAAAAAAAUAUUUCAGCGCCUCUCAAAGUCAUUGAGGAUAAGGAGUUAAGUUAUCAGCACGGGAUAUAAUAUGAUUUGUGCUUUAUCUGCUCCCUAAUGCUGGGAAAGCAGCUGCAUAAGGAAAGUUUAUACCUUGCAUAGCCGGUUGCUGCUUCUGUUGACAUUUUAUUGCUGGCUGAUUCAUCCCAGGCAAGUUCUUUUUUUUCUCUUUCCUCUCCAAUUUCCAAAAGAACAAUGGUGCUGAUACUGUUAGUAUUUCUGGCUGCUGAGUUGCACUUUGCUGCCACUCUAGAGAACAGGACUGCAGAAUCCAUGCAGGACCAUCCACCUGCCCACUCUAAACACCAUUCUGCUGAGCACCAGAGGAGGAGUGGUAUAGUGCAGAACAUUGAUCAGAUCUACUCAGGGGGAGGUAAAGUGGGCUAUAUUCUCUAUGCAGAUGGGAAGAAGUUUAUUUUAGACUUGGAAAGGGACGAUAUGCUGCUUUCUUCACAUUUCAGCACCAAGUAUUUGGGACGUUUGCAUCCUCAGCAUCGUUUUCAUAGGCACUGCUUUUAUAGAGGUACAGUGGAUUCCAGUCCUCAGUCUCUUGCUGUAUUUAACCUGUGUGGGGGAUUGGAUGGGUUUUUUGCAGUCAAGCAUGCACAUUACACCAUCAAACCCUUAAUUAAAGGUAACGCAGGAGAGGGAAAGAUGUACAGUGAUGGGUCAGAGAGGGUGCUGCAUGUUUUCAUUAAGGAUCGUUUUAGCUUUGAGACUGUACCUUCCAGGUCCAGCUGUGAGACACAUUUGUCUGGCAAAAAAAAUCACAAACAUGGGAAAGGAAAGAAUGCCAAAAAGAUCCAGCAAACGCUGGAAAACGCUCAAAAACGCAACCUAACCUCUUCGUAUGGUGAACCCAUCCUUAAAGGAACAUUCCUCACAGGUAAGAGACGCCAAAAGCGAUCCAUAUCUAAAUCUAGGCACGUGGAGCUCCUCCUGGUAGCUGAUGAGUCCAUGGCCAAGAAGUAUGGGAAGGACCUCCACCAUUACCUAUUGACUUUGGCUUCCAUAGCUUCCCGGCUUUACAGUCAUCCAAGCAUUGAAAACCACAUCCGCUUGGCAGUGGUAAAGGUUGUCAUGGUCACAGACAAGGAAAAGGGACCUGAGGUUAGCAAGAACGCAGCCACUACACUCAAGAACUUCUGCAAGUGGCAACAUCAGCACAACCAGCUGGAUGAUGAGCAUGAGGAACAUUACGACGCUGCAAUCCUUUUCACCAGGGAGGAUUUAUGUGGGCACCAUUCAUGUGAUACCCUGGGAAUGGCAGACGUUGGAACCAUAUGCUCGCCUGAACGCAGCUGUGCUGUAAUUGAGGAUGACGGUCUCCAUGCAGCUUUUACCGUCGCUCACGAAAUUGGACAUCUUCUUGGUCUUUCCCAUGACGACUCUAAAUUCUGCGAGGAGAACUUUGGCUCACUCGAAGAUAAACGUCUGAUGUCAUCUGUUCUAACAAGCAUAGAUGCCUCUAAACCAUGGUCAAAAUGCACUUCUGCGACAAUUACUGAUUUUUUGGAUGACGGCCACGGAAACUGUUUGCUUGAUCAACCAAGAAAUACAAUCUUGGGACCAGAAGAACUACCAGGGCAAAGCUAUGACGCCAUCCGUCAGUGUAAACUUGCAUUCGGCCCUUCAUACACCGUGUGUCCUGGGAUGGAUGUUUGCUCACGGCUGUGGUGUGCAGUUGUUCGCCAAGGUCAGAUGGUGUGCUUGACUAAAAAGCUGCCCGCUGUAGAGGGAACACCAUGUGGAAAAGGAAGAAUAUGUCUUCAUGGCAAAUGUGUUGAUAAAACCAAAAAGAAAUAUUACUCGGUUUCUAGCCAUGGCAACUGGGGUUCCUGGGGCCCUUGGGGACAAUGUUCUAGAACAUGUGGUGGAGGAGUCCAGUUUGCCUAUCGCCAUUGCAAUAACCCAGCACCUAGAAACAGUGGAAGAUACUGCACAGGAAAGCGUGCAAUCUACCGCUCCUGCAAUGUGACGCCAUGUCCAGCUAAUGCCAAAUCAUUUCGGCAGCAGCAGUGUGAAGCAAGAAAUGGCUAUCAAUCUGAUGCUAAAGGUGUCAAGACAUUUGUUGAGUGGGUUCCUAAGUAUGCUGGUGUUCAGCAGGGAGAUGUGUGCAAGUUAAUCUGUCAAGCUAAGGGAACUGGAUACUAUGUCGUUUUCUCACAAAAGGUUACAGAUGGCACUGAAUGUAGACCUUACAGCAAUUCUAUUUGUGUACGGGGAAAAUGUGUUCGCACGGGUUGUGACGGGAUUAUUGGAUCCAAGCUCCAGUUUGACAAGUGUGGUGUGUGUGGAGGAGAUAACUCUAGCUGCACAAAGGUUAUGGGGACAUUCACAACAAAAAGUAAAGGCUACACAGAUAUUGUCAAGAUUCCUGAAAGAGCCACCCAUAUAAAAGUACGUCAGUAUAAGGCUAAAGACCAGAAUAGGUUUACAGCUUACUUGGCACUUAAAAAGAAAUCAGGAGAAUAUAUUAUUAAUGGGAAAUAUAUGAUAUCAACAUCCGAAAACAUCAUUGAAAUGAAUGGGACUGUCAUGAACUACAGUGGUUGGAGUCAUGCUGAUGAUACUUUCCAUACAAUGGGGCAUUCCGCUACAAAAGAAGUCUUAGUAGUUCAGAUUCUGGCAACGGAUCCCAGUAAACCUAUUGAUGUUCGUUACAGUUUCUUUGUACCAGCAAAACAGGAAACUACAAACUCCAUAAGCAACACUAACAAUGUUGUUUCAAAGAUUACCCAACCACAAUGGGUGACCGGACCAUGGUUAUCUUGUUCUAGAACAUGUGAUACUGGCUGGCACACCAGGACUGUCCAGUGCCAAGAUGGAAAUGGGAAGUUAGCUAAAGGAUGUCUAUUAUCCCAGAGACCAUCCGCAUUUAAACAGUGUUUGCUCAAAAAGUGUUAACCAAAGGACUAACAUAGUACUUUUGUACUGUAAUACAAUAGGUAAAGAAGAUAUUGAAAAAGCCUUUGUUGAAGCUCUGCCAAAACUAUUGAAGGGCUGUGCAGUAUUUUAGAAUCAAACGAAGGCUUUUUUUUUUAGAAGAUAUGCAUUGCCUAAGGCAGUGACUUUUCUACCAAUGCUCAAAGCCAGAAAGAAUUUUGGAAAAAUUGUCAAUUCUGGGAUUUUUGAAGGUUGAAUUGUAACCUAUCUCCAGCAAGGAAAUCCUUGAGAAAUAUCUGUUCUUUUGUACUUGCUGAGGGCAUCCAAUAGGUUGUAAAUGUGGUGUUUGUAAAUAUGUCCAUUAGUACGUCACUUUAUGUCAAUUGCUUCUUUACCUAAGCAUAGUGAUUGACCAAAGUAGAUCUGCAGCUUUUCUGAUUAUAUGUUCCCAUUUGUUUUCAGAAACAGUUGUUAAUAUUUACUGGAAAAAAAAACUAAGUGCUUGCUGCUGUUCAUUAACUGAGUAUUUUUCUUCCUGUUAAAUCAACAUUGUGUGACAGCAGAUUUUCAUGACAGAAAAUGUGAUGCCUUCCCAUUAUGACAUGUUCAGAAUCGCUAGCAAAUUACGUUGAAAGUGCACAACUUUUGAAAAAGGGUUUCCUUUCAGAACAAACUCAGUCAAUGGAGUGCUGUAAGCCCUUGGAUCUCUGAACUUUUCUAUAGCUCACUUUCUUACUUUUUUUUCUGUAAUGUGUUGAAAUAAGGGGAAUAACACUGGUAAAUCCAAUUCCUCUAAAGAAACCUGCAAUGCACCACAGACAAAUAUAUUUCUAGCUUUGACGUGCCUAAGUAAGAUGAUGUAUAGGUAUACCCAGCUCAUACAGCGGGUUAGGGACCGGAGCCCAGCUGUAAAGUGAAAACCGCCUUAAAGUGAAACAAGGCAGUUUUAGCUUUCUUUUCACUUGCAAGUAUGUUUAAAAACUUGAAAACAUGUUGGAACUAACAUUUAUUAGGGGUCCAAUAGUGCUACAUUUAGUUUAGCACUAGCACAGCACAGUAUUCAAUUAGUAAUCAAUAAAUACUGUACCUGUAAAAUAGUGACAAUCACUGUAGUAAAAUUUGCCAGACUAUAGCACUGAGACACAGAUUGCACUGCAAUGCUGGAAACAGAGUGAACUAAGCAUAACAAAAUGGUGCCAGUCACUUUUCUUUUAAUCUCACAAUGAUUACAAAACUGUUUCAAAAUCCUUGGAGGUUGAACUUAAGCUCCCCAAAGUGCUGUAUUAGCGAAGUCCUGUAAAGUGAAGCACUGUAAAGUGAGGUAUACCUGUAUUUAAAUUGUCCAAUGAUAGUUUUUGUUUUUAUUUGGACUUUUCUGUAUUAUCAUAAGCCAAUGGAAGACAAAAUAUAUCUCCUCUAUCUUAGCCUAUAUCUUAUAGAUAUAUAUAAUCUGUAUAUUCAACAUAUUCAGUCAUUAAUAAGGUAAUGACAAAUAUAGAUGUCUUAUUAAAUUUAUAGCAAAAUAUACAUAAAUAUGCCUUACGUAGUUCAAUGUGUACAAAAAAAUUGCCAAAUAUGGUCUACAAACAUGAACAUUUAAAAAAAAAUUAAAUGGGAUUGUGUAUUUCUGUAUCAUCUUUUAUCAUAUCUGUGUGUGACAGGCUAAAAAUAGCAUCGUACAGAAUUACCUGUACAGACAACACAUCAUUUAGUUGACAGCUAAUAAUUCUGAGAUGACAGUAGUAUUGAAGGGCAUUGUGGAUCAUAUGAUUUGUCCCUAGAAAGAUUAUAACAAACAUCAGUUAGUUAUUUAAACACACACAGUAUAUAUAUUAUUUUUUACAUAUAUAUAUAUAUAUAUAUAUACACACACACAGUAUAUAUAUUAUUUUUUUACAUAUAUAUAUAUAUAUAUAUAUAUAUACACACAGUAUAUAUAUAUAUAUAUAUAUAUAUAUAUAGAGAGAGAGAGAGAGAGAGA